CAAUUAAAUAACAAAAGCUUCAAUUCAUCAGAACUGAGGCUUCAAAAUGAAUUUUGCUCGUGCUAUCACUAUUGCGGCAAUACUGGCCUUCAUCUUGACAUCAGACGGCAGCUGCCACAAAUCAUGUCGAACGAAUGCCAGCCUGAUGAAAAGUAUUCAGUACCAGUUGAAACUUGUGGAAGAUAAUAAUGGAAAGUGUGACUGUAACCAGAGUCCUUCAACUCCGAGUUCCGGGAAGGUUGGUUUUCAGGUAUCUAAUUCGGGAUAUUUGCAGAACAUUGAUGACGGUGCUAUAGUCAUAUACGAAACAGUAACUACCAACCUCGGUAAAGGAUAUGAUAAUUCGAUUGGUGUCUUCACUGCACCCGUAGAUGGUCUUUAUUAUUUCACCUGGACAGUUCUUACUCAUGCUGGCAAGACUUUCUACACACAAUUAUUACUGAAUGACACGAUUGUAGCAAGAAAUCAUGCUUCGGCUGGAGGGAUGUCUUCACACAUGCCAUCUAGUUAGAGUUGUGUUUUACAAAUGAAGAAAAAUGACAAAGUAUCAGGAUUCUUAGUGGAGGAAAAUACAUGUUUGGAGAUAAGUGGUCAACCUUUAGCGGCUUCAAAAUCUAAAUAAAAUGAA